AUGGCGUCUGCUGAGAUUCACGACCUCUACGACUCGAUCCUUAUCCUCGACUUUGGAUCGCAGUACUCGCAUCUGAUCACCCGACGAUGCCGUGAGCUUGGUGUCUACUGUGAGAUGCUCCCCUGCACUCAGAAGAUGGCCGACCUCAGCUGGAAGCCCAAGGGUAUCAUCCUCUCCGGCUCUCCUUACUCGGUUUACGCCGAGGACGCUCCCCACGUUGACCCCGCCGUCUUCGAGGCCGGUGUUCCCGUUAUGGGCAUCUGCUACGGUCUCCAGGAGAUGGCCCUCACCCACGGCGGUAAGGUCGAGGCCCACACCCACCGCGAGUACGGUUUCGCCCGUAUCACGGUCGAGAAGACUGGCAACGCCGGUGCCGACGCUCUUUUCGCUGGCAUCGACAUCCCCGAGGAGGGUAUGACCGUCUGGAUGUCGCACGGUGACCAGGUCGCCUCGCUUCCUCCCCACUUCCUCACCGUCGCCCACACCCCCACCUCGCCCUGGACCGCCAUUGCCCACGAGUCCAAGCCUUUCUACGGUGUCCAGUUCCACCCCGAGGUCACCCACUCGAAGCAGGGCAAGCUCGUCAUCGGCUCGUUCGUCAACAACAUCUGUGGCGUCAAGCCUGGAUGGAGCAUGGAGUCCUUCAUCCCCAAGGAGAUCGCUCGUAUCCGCGAGAUCUGUGGUGACAAGGGCCAGGUUAUCGGUGCCGUCUCUGGCGGUGUCGACUCGACCGUUGCCGCCAAGAUUAUGCACGAGGCUAUUGGCGACCGCUUCCACGCCAUCAUGGUCGACAACGGUGUCCUCCGCAAGGACGAGGCCAAGAAGGUCAAGAAGAUGCUCACCGACGACCUUGGCGUCAACCUGACCGUCGUUGACGCUUCCGACCUCUUCCUCGGCCGCCUCAAGGGUGUUGAGGACCCCGAGAAGAAGCGCAAGAUCAUCGGUAACACCUUCAUCGAGGUCUUCGAGGAGGAGGCUGCCAAGAUUGAGAAAGCUUGCGCCGAGGACAAGUCCAAGGGCCCCAUUGAGUGGCUCCUCCAGGGCACCCUCUACCCCGACGUUAUCGAGUCGAUCUCCUUCAAGGGCCCCUCUGCCACCAUCAAGACCCACCACAACGUCGGUGGUCUCCUCGAGGACAUGAAGCUCAAGCUCAUCGAGCCUCUCCGUGAGCUCUUCAAGGACGAGGUCCGUGCCCUCGGCCGUCUCCUCAACAUCCCCGCCCACCUCGUCGGCCGCCACCCCUUCCCCGGCCCCGGUCUCGCCAUCCGUAUCCUCGGCGAGGUCACCCGCGAGCAGGUUCAGAUCCUGCAGCACGCCGACGACAUUUACAUUGAGGAGAUCCGCGCCGCCGGUCUGUACGACCAGAUCUCGCAGGCGUUCGCCGCGCUCCUCCCCGUCCGCGCCGUCGGUGUUCAGGGCGACGCGCGCACGUACGACCAGGUCAUCGCCCUCCGCGCCGUCUCAACAGAGGACUUCAUGACCGCCGACUGGUUCGAGUUCCCCGCCGGCGUCCUCAAGAAGAUCUCGUCCCGCAUCACCAACGAGGUCCGCGGCAUCAACCGUGUCACCUACGACAUCACCUCCAAGCCCCCCGGAACCGUCGAGUGGCUCUAA